CACAUUCUUAUCUCCCUUCAAUCCUACAAGAUAUUGACUGAGCCACCUCGGUCCCCACGCCGAUUGAUAAUGCAGCAAUCGAACAAAACCCCACACUCAAAGUCUCGCAAUGGGUGUAUCAGGUGCAAGGCAAGAAAGGUUAAAUGCGAUGAGCGGAAGCCUGCUUGCAUGCGCUGUGAGGAUCAAAACUAUGAGUGUCCAGGAUAUGCACUCAACGUGCGUUGGUCACAAAAGCACCAGACAAGGCCGAGCACCGGUGAGAGCUCUUUGCGACAAAGGAAGGCAAAGAGUCGGAUCAAUCCUUCUUCCAACUCGGUAGCCGAGGGUUUUCAUCAGAUGAACGGAUGGCUCGAUCCCCCAUCUCAACUAGACUUUCUAAUGCCAGCAGAGAUGUUCAGCGUUGAAAAUCUGUCGCAAGACCUCCUGGGAGCCGAAUCCUCGUCGCGGAUCGACGACAACAACAUACUCGACUCGCCUGGCGGGAACUUGACAGUUUGGACUCUCCCUGAAGACUCAGGGUCAACAUUCAGCAUCGAGGAACCAAUGGGAGUGAUUGGACAGCUCUUUGGUGAUUCUACGAGCCACCCAAUGUUGCAGUCUCAGAACCUAUCGCAGGAAGAGCAAUCUCUCGUCCAGUCUCGAUAUUCAUGCCCUGACCCGCACCGACGCUUGUCCAACACCCCAACCACUCUAUCUGAAUACUUCUUCCGAGAAGUUAUUACUCUUUACUGUUCUUGGGAUAGUGAACAAAACGUUAUGCGAAAUAUCAUAGAGAAAAUGUGGCAGUCUUCCGGCGUGCUCUAUCAUACCAUACAGAGCAUGGCUGCAGCAUGCUUAUCAAAGGACUUCCCGCACCUGCUACCGGUUGCUCGUGAGGAACGUUCACAGGCACUUCAGCUUGUGAAGAGUGGUCCUCAAGUGGUAGAGAAGCAGGUAAUGCUGCUCGCAUCCAUGCUUCUUGGUCACACCUCGAGCUGGCUAAGCCCUCACAACCUUGCAACCGAGACCUUUCGAGCAAGUCAAGACAUACUGGAUGAAAUUGCCACCGACAAUAGUGACAGCUCGGAGAUGUCCUUCUUCAGAGACACCAUGGACUAUUGGGCUAUGCUUUUGGUCUAUCUUACUGACAAGAACGAGCUGGGAGAGUACCAUCGAGAGGAACGAAUUGGACCAGCAAACUUGAUGAAACCUAUCGAACCACAUCCCUACUCUGGCAUUUCACAAGAUAUGGUGCGUGCACUGACCGAUACGGGGAUACUCAUCUUUCAAUAUCGGAAACAUAUGUCCACGAUGAAGUUCAUGACGGAAAGCGAUCUCGACGUGUUCAGAACUGCAUUACGUGAGGGCAGACGGCUGGAACGCACAUUUCUAGCACAUCAAGUGCCAAGCGCUGUCCACACCAAAAACCCUGGCGAUCCGAAGACACCACUGAAGCAUCUGGAGCUUAUGGAUGAAGCAUAUCGAUGUACAGGGUUGUUGCAGCUGUAUCGGGUUUUUCCCGAUCUUUUGAACGAACGAUACUCACCGUGGAGCAAGAAUCACAUUCUGCGCCCCUCACCAGCACACCAAGUGCCAACAAAGCAAGAAAGACAGCUGUGGCUUACACAGUUUGCUUUGCAUAUCCUUGGUAUCUUGGAAGAGAUUCCAUUUGAGUCAAGAACUCGCAGUGCUCAGCCGUUCGUUAUGGUUGCUAUAUCCGGUGAACUCAGGCAGACUUCUCGGAGUUUUUGUGGCUCUGAAGUCACCAUCACAGACCCGGGAAUCUUAAGCAUUGAUGGUAUAUCUAUCGAAGUGGCCCGUGCUCGGAAGUUUGUGAGAUCCCGGUUGUCGGCGUAUACACACAUUCUGCCCUUGCGAAAGAGCCAGGUUAUUCUGGAGCUCAUCAAUCAAGUCUGGUCGGCAAUUGAUGAUGGACAGGAGGAUGCUUACUGGUUGGAUAUUGCUUACGAGAAAAAAUUGGGCACGAUGAUGGGGUAGUGUACUUAGUAGUUGAAGGUUGUUGCGAGGUUCCAUAAUGCUAUUGACUAUUCUAUGUCGCUGUCCGA